AUGACUGGGAUUUCCAAUUUGAUUUUUAAGCGUUCGAAUGGCUCGGUCAAGCCCGAUGUUCGGGGCAAGACAGACUUUCCUGCAUAUCCCGACGGUCGGGUUCUCUCGGAGCGGCAAACCCGUUCGACCGCACUAGACCGAAAGCGUCGAGGCUUGGCUUUCAGCGGAGUGACCCACUUAGCGGCCGGUGGCAAGUCUUUAUCUGUAUCCAAUGAGAAGGCAGAUAACCCGGACUCAGCUGUCCAAUUGCUCGCCACGGAUAGUGGAUUGGGCUCUGGAUAG